UUACUUAUCAUCGUUCUUACUUAUACAUAUUUCUUGAGAUCACCACGAGUGAUAACCUCAUCCAAUUCCAGGAUUUAUUCAUAGCAUCAGUAUUUAUUAAAGUGACCUUAUAUGACACUGCAUCAAACUGGUAGCAUCACAUAUUCAUCAUAAGAUAAGAAACAUUGAGUAUUUAUUAGCAAGAAAUUUAUUAAAGUUGGUUAGUUAACUGACGUUGAUUGAUGAUAAUAAGAUUCCAGAUUGUGUCAAAGAUUUAUAUUCAUAAGACGGUUCACAUAUGCUGGGUAUUCAGUGUGGAGACAUUUUUCAAUCAGUAAUUUGAUACAAUUUUAGGCAUGUCGUCAUAAUUGUCAAUUUUUAGUACGACGUUGUUAAAAAAAGAGGACAGGCAGGUCACUGGACUUGACCACCUACAUACAUUCUGAAGCAAGUUUUUAUUCUACUGCAUUUGUCAGCAAGAAUAAUUUUAGUGAGUUAUUCACUUUAGAAGCAAGAUCAUUAAACUCAUCUCUAAAUAAAUAGUUAUACACGUGAAUCAUAAAAUUACAUAGUAAACAUGUCGGAACGAUUUCCAUUUCCACCGUCGCCUGGUAUGUUAAUAAGUGCAAUAAAAGGAAAAGGGUCAAGUGGGAGCCAAUCCCCAGGUCGGGGUGGAAAUAAAAGAUCGGUGGCGAAAGUAUUUAUCCCACGAAAUCCGGUGGUGGGUGUGGUUAAUCUGGUGGGUGGUGGUGGUGGUCGCAAUAAAGAAUUGGUGGAGCCUCCGAAUAGUUCAGAUGAAAGUACCGAGGACGAUUCAGUGUUCCGGACAGGAAUGACCCUUGUGGGAGGAGGCCUGGGACCAGGAUCUGUGAGCACAAAUGAUGGCACUAUAACGGAUGACGCGCAUUACGAGGACAAUGACACGGACUCUGUCGAAAAUGAGUUGCUAUACCCGGAAGAUGAUGAAAACGGGGACGAUCCCUUUCGUCAAGGCAUAGACUGUAAUGAUGGCGACGCAGAGGACGAAUUAGAAGAGGAACAGUCUUCCGCAAGUAGCGGAGCAGAUAUGAAGGGAAAACAGAUUGCUAGUGGGGACGAUGUGUCAAUUGAAGGGACGGUCACGACAGGAAGACGACGCCAGAGAACAAUGUCGUCAAGUGGGGGACUCUUGGGGAAAAAUAGGAGACGAGAACCAAUUAUGCGAACUCAAACGAGGACUAUUUACACUGCUGGGCGGCCCCCCUGGUAUAACACGGACGGACAGCAUAUUGAGCCGUGCGUGAUUGGAAUUUGUGGUGGAUCGGCAUCAGGGAAGACAACUGUCGCUGAUAAGAUCAUUCAGGACCUUAACAUUCCCUGGGUCACUCGAUUGUCCAUGGAUUGUUUUUACAAGGUUUUGAAUGAGAAACAGCAUAACUUGGCUGGGAAGAACGAAUAUAAUUUUGACCAUCCUGAUGCUUUCGAUUUUCCCCUGCUGAUUGAAACUAUACAGCGAUUGAGGGAAGGAAAGAAGGUCGAAGUUCCGGUUUACAAUUUCGUCACUCAUGGACGAGAGAGCAAUUGUAAAACCAUGUAUGGUGCCAAUGUCAUUAUAUUUGAAGGGAUCUUUACAUUUUACGAUCCGGAAGUGAUGAAGCUUCUGGAUAUCAAGGUGUUUGUGGACACAGACGCCGACACUCGGCUUGCUCGUCGUCUCCGUCGUGAUAUCUCUGAGAGGGGGAGAGAUCUCAACGGCGUUCUCCUACAGUAUCAAAGAUUUGUUAAACCAAGUUUUGAUUCAUACAUUGCUCCCCAGAUGGCACAUGCCGAUAUAAUCGUGCCACGAGGCGGAGAUAACGAUGUGGCCAUUAACCUGAUCGUGCAACAUGUCCACAGUGAAUUACAUGCCAGGGAGUUAAAAGUUCGAGAUAAACUUGUGGAAGGUUGGCAUAAAGAUUUACUGGACUCAUCAACACCGACUGCUAUGCCAGAGUCAUUAUUCGUUUUGCCAUCUACAAGACAGAUUUUGGGGCUGCACACUUUCAUACGAGCUAAAGACACUCCACGGGAUGAAUUUAUAUUCUAUUCAAAACGGCUGAUUCGUCUACUAAUCGAGUACUCGAUGAGUCUACUACCAUUCAAGGAUGUGGUGGUUGAAAGCCCUCAAAAUAUAUUGUAUAAAGGGAAACGUGCCAUGGCGAGAAAAAUUUGUGGCGUGUCUAUUCUUAGAGCUGGGGAGACAAUGGAACAAGCCCUAAAUGACGUUCUCAAAGAAAUUCGAAUCGGAAAAAUUCUUAUUCAAACUAAUAAGAAUACCGGCGAACCAGAGCUGUAUUAUUUGAGGUUGCCUCGAGAUAUUGCUGACUAUGUGGUUAUGCUAAUGGACGCAACUGUUGCGACUGGAGCAGCAUCCAUGAUGGCAAUUCGAAUUCUUCUUGACCAUGACGUUCCUGAGCAAAACAUUAUGCUCCUUUCUUUGUUGAUGGCACAGUCAGGAGUGCACUCAAUUGCAUAUGCGUUCCCAAGAGUUAAGAUCGUGACCACAGCAGUGGACCCUGAAAUCAACUCAUCGUUCCAUGUUAUUCCAGGAAUUGGGAACUUCGGAGAUCGAUAUUUUGGAACGGAGCCGUGCGGAAACGGAGCUGAAUCCGACGACUGCAUUGACGACUAGAUGAAAUAUAGAUAAUCUCAAACAAACUUACGCCAGGGAAUUUUAUAUUCUGUUCAUUAAAAUUUCGAAUCUAACUUUCCAUACUUCACCUGAAUGACUGUGCCUGAUAUAAACGAAAUUGUGACUGCGUUUAAUUGAACCAUUCUCAGAUUUUAAACAUUGGUCCUAUAUAUUAAUCAAAUUUUACAAUGAUCAAUUGGAGCAGUGUAGCCAAUCUAUUGCCAAUAAUUGGCAUUCAAUCAAAUUGUCGUUUGCAUGCUCUUUAUGUCCUUAUUUUGUACUCAAAUCAAAGUUAUUCAAAUUAAAAGUGAGCACAGCUAAAACAA